AUGCCGUUGUACAGGACCGGCCAGUCAGUCAUCUACAAGCCCGUCGGAGGUCGUGAAUCGCAUACCUCCCAGAGUAUCGGGACUGUCAAGUCUGUCCUGACUGAGCCGGGUGUUCAGGCCCAUCGCAACGUCUAUGCCAGUGAAGACGACCCGAGAUACGAGUUCUGGUUAGUCCCAGGCAAUACGCCGCAAGGAUACAAAAACGGAAGAUUCUACAUAGAAAGGUAUGCCACUGAACGCCAACAUUAUGUUGUCAUGUUGAAGGGUGCUCUGCAGCCCAGCUCUUCCACCCCAGAACCAGCCAAGUUGCGAGUUACGAAGAGGAAUAAAAAUGAGGUGGAUACCGUUACUCGGCCCUUUUCGUCCAAAUCUGCCUCAUGCGAAAAAAGGGUCCCAGUUCUCUUCAACGAGAACAAUCCUCAAUGA